GCCGGAGGGUGCUCCAGGGCUCCCCCUGUGCCGGAGGGGGCGCCAGGGCUCCCGUGCUCCGUGUGGUGCUGGCCAGGGCGACUCUGCAAGGGAUCCUUGCAGUUUAACGGAAGUGAUUUAUACUCUUGGUAGCCACCUUAGAAAAUAGAACAAGCACAAAGGGAAAAAAUGCGAAUUAUCCGUCUCCCCAGCCGGAGGCAGUUGUUCAUAUCCUACUUCGUGUGGUUUGUUGUUUCAUCUCCCUUUUUACUAAAAUGUUUCGUCGCUUUAGUAGCUGUACGGUAUCUCAUUGUUUAUGACGUGGGAAUAAUAUCUGUAUUUUCUUAGCAUUUACCGUACGCACUGGGCACUGUCAUUUGUUGAAUCCUUAUGACUUGAUGCUUGUGCUGUUAGUAUCCCAGGGGCACAGAUGAGAAGCUGCCCAGGGUAACCCAGCCGGUGAACGGUAGAACCAGAUGUAGAGCCCAGGUCUCCUGGCUCCAGAGCUCUUAGGUUUCGCACACUCUUCUGCCUCUCGGGCCACACACCCCGCACCACGGGGUCUCUCGCUUCCUCUAGGGAGGCUCUGGAGCGGGUUUCUAAGCGUCUGUGUUUUAUGAUUAUAAAUGCUACCCUGAUGAGCCUUUGUGUGACUUUGAUAUUCUGAUAGUCCCUGGUUACUUAUUUGAGAUUCACCCCCCAAAAUGGAAGUUAAGGCACAAAGGGCACAAAGAGGUAAGGCUCUCAGACGUUGUCCUAACCUUCCCCCCAGGAGGCUGCCCCCACCAGAGGGCGGGGCUGCUGGGUUUAGCGGCUGAGAAGCCGGCCACGGACGCCUGCUUGUGUGUGCCGGGGGCGCGUGGAUGGUGUUUCACAAGGGCCAGUUGAGGGAUUGGAGAGAUGUAACCUCCAGAAGAUUUGGAUCGUGGGGUGGGGGCCUGGGGACAUGCAUGUGGCUGCUGCGUGGAAGAGCUCUGCCCCAGGCCUUACGCACAAGUGGCCCCGUGGGCUGCAGCUGCAGGCAGCACCCAGACGUGGAAAGCACGGGGUGGGAGUUGAGGACCUGGACUGUCUGCCGCCCUGUCUCUGGCUGGUGUGGACCGUGCACGGGGAGGGCCACACGCCGCACCCCUCACACACAGUCAACAUUACGUCCGACUGCUCCCCGGCUCGGGGUGGGGGCGCGGUCUGUUCCCAUCCCACCCCCACCUCGGGGAGCCUGGCCCGGCCUGGUACCUCUGUCCGUCUCACGGGGCACAGCCUGGCCUGUGUCAUGGGCCACACAGCUCCUGCAUUAUGUAUGAGGGGACCCAGCAGUGAGCGAGGGAGGGCCGGGCGGUGAUUAAUAAACAGGCGUAUUGUGUGGCGCUCCAUUCACGGCGCUCUCCGAGGACGUGGUGGGCUCGAGAUAAUAAAGCCCUGUGUAUGCCACAGAGGCCUGGGAGGUGGCCAGGGCGGGCUGGCAGGGAGCUGGGGCGCCCGGAAUGGCUCUGAGUCCAUCCAGGGCCCGACUGCUGUGUUUGCUCUGAGGCUGACCCCCCGGCGGGGAAGGUCUAGCUGGACUUUUGCCCGCACCUAAGUCUGCCCCUGGCAUGGGCCUUGCACACCUGUCCCUACAGGGGGAGCCUGAGAAGACAGCAGAUGAACCUGGCCGGGACUCCCUCACGAGAGAGGUUGAUUGACUUAUGUGCACUUGGGGACCCUGGAGUCUCCCUUCCCUCCGCAGACCGGGCCAGAGCCUCCGCUGGUGUUGCAAGGAGGGGGCUGAAUGAGGCAGAGAAGCUGAGCUCUGUCCAGGAGGCCCAGCUGGAGCGGCUCAAGGCGGCAAGACCCCGAGGGCCGGGGAGCAGGGAGCGGGGCCUGGUGCCGAGGAUGGCCAGGCCGCAGCCGCCGCCCUGGGUCCACGCAGCCUUCCUCCUCUGCGUCCUCGGACUUGGUGGAGCCAUCGAGAUUCCCAUGGACCCAAGCAUUCAGAAUGAGCUGACCCAGCCUCCGACCAUCACCAAGCAGUCAGUGAAGGACCACAUCGUGGACCCCCGGGACAACAUCCUGAUCGAGUGUGAAGCCAAGGGCAACCCCGCCCCCAGCUUCCACUGGACGCGCAACAGCAGGUUCUUCAACAUCGCCAAGGACCCCCGCGUGUCCAUGCGGCGGCGGUCGGGGACGCUGGUGAUUGACUUCCGCAGCGGGGGGCGGCCCGAGGAGUACGAGGGCGAGUACCAGUGCUUUGCCCGCAACAAAUUUGGCACGGCCCUGUCCAACAGGAUCCGUCUGCAGGUGUCCACCAUGGAGCCCAUCACCCAAGACAAGCGUGUGUCCCAGGGCCACAACGGAGACCUGUAUUUCUCUAACGUGAUACUGCAGGACAUGCAAACCGACUACAGCUGCAACGCCCGCUUCCACUUCACCCACACCAUCCAGCAGAAGAACCCCUUCACCCUCAAGGUCCUCACCAACCACCCCUAUAACGACUCGUCCUUACGAAACCACCCUGACAUGUACAGUGCCCGAGGAGUCGCGGAAAGGACCCCCAGCUUCAUGUACCCCCAGGGCACCUCGAGCAGCCAGAUGGUGCUACGCGGCAUGGACCUGCUGCUGGAGUGCAUCGCCUCCGGGGUCCCCACACCAGACAUUGCAUGGUACAAGAAAGGCGGGGACCUCCCCUCGGACAAGGCCAAGUUUGAGAACUUUAACAAGGCCCUGCGCAUCACCAACGUCUCCGAGGAAGACUCCGGCGAGUAUUUCUGCCUGGCCUCCAACAAGAUGGGCAGCAUCCGGCACACGAUCUCGGUGAGAGUAAAGGCUGCUCCCUACUGGCUGGAUGAACCCAAGAACUUGGUCCUGGCUCCGGGCGAGGAUGGGAGGCUGGUGUGUCGCGCCAAUGGGAACCCCAAGCCCACUGUGCAGUGGAUGGUGAACGGGGAGCCCUUGCAGUCGGCACCGCCCAACCCGAACCGCGAGGUGGCCGGCGACACCAUCAUCUUCCGGGACACGCAGAUCAGCAGCAGGGCCGUGUACCAGUGCAACACCUCCAACGAGCACGGCUACCUGCUGGCCAACGCCUUCGUCAGCGUGCUGGACGUGCCACCGCGGAUGCUGUCACCCCGGAACCAGCUCAUCAGAGUGAUCCUGUACAACCGCACCCGGCUGGACUGCCCGUUCUUCGGGUCUCCCAUCCCCACGCUCCGAUGGUUUAAGAAUGGGCAGGGGAGCAACCUGGACGGCGGCAACUACCACGUGCACGAGAACGGCAGCCUGGAGAUCAAGAUGAUCCGCAAGGAGGACCAGGGCAUCUACACCUGCGUCGCCACCAACAUCCUGGGCAAAGCCGAGAACCAGGUCCGCCUGGAGGUCAAAGACCCCACCAGGAUCUACCGGAUGCCAGAGGACCAGGUGGCCAAAAGGGGCACCACGGUGCAGCUGGAGUGCCGUGUGAAACACGACCCCUCCCUGAAACUCACCGUGUCCUGGCUGAAGGACGAGGAGCCGCUGUACAUCAGCAACAGGAUGAAGAAGGAGGAUGACUCGCUGACCAUCUUCGGGGUGGCUGAGAAGGACCAAGGCAGUUACACGUGCGUCGCCAGCACUGAGCUGGACCAGGACCUGGCCAAGGCCUACCUCACCGUGCUAGCUGAUCAGGCCACUCCAACUAACCGUUUGGCUGCCCUGCCCAAAGGGCGGCCAGACCGGCCCCGAGACCUGGAGCUCACCGACCUGGCCGAGCGGAGCGUGAGGCUGACCUGGAUCCCGGGGGACGCCAACAACAGCCCCAUCACAGACUACGUAGUCCAGUUUGAAGAGGACCAGUUCCAGCCGGGGGUCUGGCAUGACCAUUCCAAGUUCCCAGGCAAUGUCAACUCGGCUGUCCUGCAGCUGUCCCCGUACGUCAACUACCAGUUCCGGGUCAUCGCCAUCAACGAGGUCGGCAGCAGCCACCCCAGCCUCCCGUCAGAGCGCUACCGAACCAGUGGGGCACCCCCUGAGUCCAACCCCGGUGACGUGAAGGGAGAGGGGACCAGGAAGAACAACAUGGAGAUCACGUGGACGCCCAUGAACGCCACCUCCGCCUUUGGCCCCAACCUGCGCUACAUCGUGAAGUGGCGGCGGAGAGAGACUCGCGACGCCUGGAACAACGCCACCGUGUGGGGCUCUCGCUACGUGGUGGGGCAGACCCCGGUCUAUGUGCCCUACGAGAUCCGAGUGCAGGCCGAAAAUGACUUUGGGAAGGCCCCCGAGCCAGAGACGGUCAUCGGUUACUCCGGGGAGGACUAUCCCCGGGCUGCACCCACCGACGUCAAGGUCCGAGUCAUGAACAGCACAGCCAUCAGCCUGCAGUGGAACCGUGUCUACUCGGACACGGUGCAGGGCCAGCUCAGAGAGUACCGAGCCUACUACUGGAGGGAGAGCAGCUUGCUGAAGAACCUGUGGGUGUCUCAGAAGAGACAGCAAGCCAGCUUCCCCGGGGACCGCCCCCGGGGCGUGGUGUCCCAACUCUUCCCCUACAGCAACUACAAGCUGGAGAUGGUGGUGGUCAAUGGCAGAGGCGAUGGGCCUCGCAGUGAGACCAAGGAGUUCACCACCCCGGAGGGAGUUCCCAGCGCCCCCAGACGUUUCCGAGUCCGGCAGCCCAACCUGGAGACAAUCAACCUGGAGUGGGACCACCCGGAGCACCCCAACGGCAUCCUGGUUGGAUACACACUCAAAUACCUGCCCUUUAACGGAACCAAACUGGGGAAGCAGAUAGUGGAAAACUUCUCUCCGAAUCAGACCAAGUUCACGGUGCAGAGGGCGGAUCCCGUGUCACGUUACCGUUUCACGCUCAGCGCCAGGACGCAGGUGGGCUCUGGGGAAGCAGUCACAGAGGAGUCACCUGCACCCCCUAACGAAGCUACUCCAACGGCAGCUCCUCCCACGUUGCCCCCGACUACUGCGGGUGCCACGGGCGCCGUGAGCAGUACUGACGCUACUGCCAUUGGCACCACCACCGAAGCCACAGAAGCCCCCACCGUCCCAACCGCCGCACCUACCACCAUCGCCACCACCACCACUGUCGCCACAACUACUACAACCACCGUCGCCACCACCACGGAGAGUCCUCCUGCCACCACCACCAGGACUAAGAUCCAGGAAUCCGCCCAUCCGCCAGCCCCCGACGAGCAGUCCAUAUGGAACGUCACAGUGCUCCCCAACAGUAAAUGGGCCAACAUCACCUGGAAGCACAAUUUCGGGCCCGGAACUGACUUUGUGGUUGAGUACAUUGACAGCAACCAUACGAAAAAAACUGUCCCUGUUAAGGCCCAGGCCCAGCCCAUACAGCUGACAGACCUCUAUCCCGGGAUGACGUACACGUUGCGGGUCUAUUCCCGGGACCACGAGGGCAUCAGCAGUACCGUCAUCACCUUUAUGACCAGUACAGCUUACACCAACAACCAGGCCGACAUCGCCACACAGGGCUGGUUCAUCGGGCUCAUGUGCGCCAUCGCCCUCCUGGUGCUGAUCCUGCUCAUCGUCUGUUUCAUCAAGAGGAGUCGUGGUGGCAAGUACCCAGUGCGAGAGAAGAAAGAUGUUCCCCUUGGCCCCGAGGACCCCAAAGAAGAGGACGGCUCCUUUGACUACAGUGACGAGGACAACAAGCCUCUGCAAGGCAGCCAGACGUCGCUGGACGGCACCAUCAAACAGCAGGAGAGCGACGACAGCCUGGUGGACUACGGCGAGGGCGGGGAGGGCCAGUUCAACGAGGACGGCUCCUUCAUCGGGCAGUACACGGUCAAGAAGGACAAGGAGGAGACGGAGGGCAACGAGAGCUCAGAGGCCACGUCCCCCGUCAACGCCAUCUACUCCCUGGCCUAACCGAGCCCGCCGGGGCUCCGCCACUAUUUUGCGAGUGGGAGGAGGGGAGGGGGAGACGAAGCCGCUGCAGACCCUGCCACACAGCCGCCGCCACCUUCAGGGACACGGGUACAGCAUGGGGGUCUCAGAGACCCCCCCAGCCACCCACAAGCCCCCUCCCAAUGACCCCCCCACACCCCCGGGUGCCACCAGUGUGGGAGCGCUCGAGCCAUGGCCAAGCUCGCUGAAGGGAGCCCCGGCCCCUUGCCCGUCUCCCAGCCGCCCUGAACCCUGGCACCGGCGCACACCGCGUCUGCUGGCUGCGGUACUUCUCACCGUGUUUAUUUGGGCUUUGUGCUUCUUCCCCUUGGACCCAGUGUCUCCAUUUCCUUUUCCUUUUUGAAGAAGUGUCCUUGGGAAAGAGGGCCUGGGUGGCUCCUGCCCCAGGAAACCACCACGGUAGGCAAAAAGGAGUGACCCGAGAGUGGACGGCCGGACGGGAGAGCCGCAGUAUUCACACAGCCGCAGGGCGAGCCUUCUUCCCAAGGAUGCCUUUCUCGCCGCGCGCCUCCCUCGCUCCCAGCCCCUGCGCCUCGGGCCUGGCAGUCACUGAGCUGGGCUCGGCUCCGUUCUGGGAAACAACAGUAUUUUUGGCAGGAGCAGCUGGGCAGGCCUCCUUGCCUCUCUGUGGUUCGCUUGGGAGAUGAGUUUACCUCUAGCUCCUCCAUCUUCCCCCCGGGAAAACCAGGAUGCGAGCUGCACAGACCAUACGGGUCUGAGGAGCGGGAGUGGGCUCUGGUGGAGAGGACGCCAGCCCCGGGGAACGAGCCUCAGGCAGGAGCAGACCCGUGUGGGUGCUGGGGGAACUGUGCUCCCCUGUAGAGAGAAGAACAAGGCUGAUUUGGACCUCCCUCCUCUGCCUGUGCCGGCAGUGAAACCAGGACGCAGGGAGGUGCCCGCCCACCUGCCAGGUGUCUUCGCUGCUACCCUCAAGGCGAUGGCGGCCUGUGUUUGGGGGUGUAAGGCACUGCCCCCCCACUAGCUCUAGCAGAUUUCCUUGCCUUGGUCAGCUCUGAAUGAUACUGAGACUCCAUUCAACAUGGUGCGUGCAUGGGGACCUGCCGCCGAGACGGAGGGUAGACACGUAUGGGGACCCUGAGGUGGCACCAUUCUGGCCGUGCUGUGAUGCCCCUGCCUGGGGCUCGCAAUGCUCUUUGUAUGCCUUAUGCAGUUCUGAUCUGUCGCUGGAGCUCCCAGGGGCCCAGCCCCCCCACCCCCCGCGCAAGCCUCGCAGCCUCCAGCGACCUGUGUCUGUCUCAAGUUGUUGGGGGCAGCCCCUGCAGUGCCCCAGCAGUGCCCCAGCAGGACUGAAGGAGCCACUCAUGGGCCCUCAGCCUGGGCCCCUGGAAGAGACCCUCGCAGACCUGCAGUUCCCAGAGUGAAGGUGCUGCCUCUCCCUCCCCACCUAAUCCUCUUUGAAACCAAAGGUACCUGGCAUCCCCGGUGAGAGCGAGGGGGAGGUCUGGAGCCUAUGACGGGCCCUCAGCUCUUGCUGCAGCCCGAGUUGGUUCCAGGAGGAUGAAGCUGUCCCCAAGAAGGGGCCUCCAGCUGCUGGCCUAGGGGCCCAAGCUGGUCCAGGCUGGUGUCCCUCAGUGGCUUUGUGAAAGCGUCGUUUGCCACAUAUUGAAGCCGCAACGGUAUUAGCAAGGCUUGCAUCCCUUCGGAAUCAUUCAAAUGCAGGCAAGCCCGUAGACGCACGCGCUCCAGCCGCAGGAAAAGGCACUGUAGCCCAGCGCCGAGCAGGGGUGGGCUGUGAACCUGAGAGGAGUGCGCCGUGGCCCUGGGGCCCGGGCCACGCCCAGGUGUGCACGGGGAAGGCCCAGGGGCCGCUCUCCUGCUGAAAGGGGACAGGGUAAAGAGCUCGGGACCCUCUCCUCCGGCUCUCUUCCAACACCUGCUGCCCCAGCCCAGUGUCGCUGAGGGGGGCGUCAGGGAAGCGAGGGUGGGGGCCGAGUGAAGGACUGGCCUUUCCGGAAGCAGUCUGGGUGUACACACGGUGGUCGAGUUUCUCAGGCAUCCGUCCGCGCUGCACGGCCAUCUAGUGAGCCCCUCAGCAAAGGCAGGCUGUGGGCAGGAAGGGCUGAUGGUGUCAUCGUAGCUGUCUCCCUGCCUCUUCUGUCUGCAGGGUCCUGGGAGAGGUGAGUCUACUGGUCUGUGCACCCUGUUCCAGUGCCCUCCUGGGCUCUGAACCGUCCUCCAUGUGUGUUUCAAGAGAAUACUGCUGCCUUCCUCUCUCUCUCUCUCUCUCUCUCUCUCUCUCUCUCUCUGGCUAUUGUUCUGUGGCUGCCAAGAUCUGCCCCACCCCCACCACAACUGCCACACAACCACAGCCCUUCAGGCAGGAGCAGACUGGGCACUGAAGAGCUGAGUGUUCUCCCCACCCCAAGAUGGCGCAGCAAGAUCAGAGGCCGAAGUAGGUGGCUUGCAAGGUUAACCUAAGAGGCUGCCCCUCCCAGGAAUGGGCGAGGCCUUUUGCUGUGGAUCCCAUGCCAGAGUCGCCCCAACUCAGCAGGAAAGCAGUAUUGCCCAGCCCUCCCUGCCAGCUGUGUGUCUCGAAGCAUACCAACAACCAUGCCAGGAGUGGGCGAUGCCCAGGUGCUGCAGCUUGCCUGGCGGGGGAGGAGGUGCAGUUGUCUUGUAGUGACUGUGGAAGCUGCAUUGACCGGGCUGCAGACCCAGUGCUGUGCUCUCGUCUGUCCAUUUGCAUUCACUCAGCAGAUGCUCUGAGCAUCUCGUCUGAGCCAGGGCCUGAGCUCCGGGUACCGUGGUGACUGAGUCAGGUGUGGUGCCUGCCCUCCGGGGCUGGCCGAUCUGGGACCUGAGUCUUGAGACACUGGCCCCUGAGUUGCUGAAGCUGCUGAUGGCUCCACGCAAGCAGAGAGAGGCUGCAGAGGCAGAUCUUGGCCCGUGUGGUCGGCAGGAUUUGUCAGAGCUGGGCGGUCACAGCCCGCAGGGUGGGGUUGAGAAAUGGCACUGCUUCCGGAGCCUCUUUGUUCUGCCUCUUGGGGCCACUACUUAACCUGUCUGUAUUCAGUGCCUCCCCCCACAGAGGGGCAUGGGCCCACCUGAGGGGCAAGGGAGGUCAGUGUUUGGAAGUACACCACCACAGGAGGGGACAGCCACCUCCUGCCUUGCCUGGGUUAUGGUGGCGGGGUCCCAUCUGUUUCUUUGAGGGCAUGGUUGAGUCUCAGCUCUCUCCCUUGCUCAUCUCCCUGGCCCGGAGAGGUUGCAGACAUCUGGUCCUCCCUCUUGCUGGCACAUCCUGAGGUCUGGAGAAGUGACCGCCUGUCAGAGCCAGCCAGUGCCAACAGCAUCCCUGCAAGGUGCACCUGCCGCCUGGGCCCGGAGAUCCUGUUCUGACCACAGUUGACCUUUGGAAGAGGGGGAGAGAGAUGCGAGGGUGCUUGUGGGUUUUCCAGCUAAGGGACAAGUGCCCCUGCCACGCCCAGCACCUACACAGAGACGCAGACCCCAGCACCACAGUAGAGCAGCAGUUCAGGGGCUGACGGUCUGGAUGAUGAUGUUGUCUUGGUGUCUGAGCCUGCAUGAGAAGUGAUGUAGAAGGUGUUGCAUGGGUUCCGUGCACAACAUGGGCCCUACUCAGGUGGCUCCAGUCUAGAGACAGAAUGGCCUGCAGGGGAGAGAAACCCCCCAGGGGCAGCACGGCCAGUGGCUGAUUAUGGUCCCUGCUAAGCCCCAGAGCUGGAGCUGGGCAAGUCCUAGGGCAUCCCCAGUGUGGCUGGAGCAGGGCUAUGACCAGGCUGUCUCUGUGGGCUGCUUGGCUAACACCCUGAAAGGGUGCGGGUCCGUGGGCUGAGCCCUGGCUGGGCUGCUCAGAGAAAGGACAGCCCACAGCCUGGCCCUCGUGACGCCUUGGUGCCACUGCAGCCAGCCCCUGCGAAACGCGCCCAAGCCCGUGGUGGGGUCAGGCCCAGCAGAGCGUCCUGCACGGGGGCUCAGGAGUAGAUGGAGGAGGUCCCCAGCUUAACAUAAAGGAAAGCUAGAGAGGACUUGGUCCAAGGAAGCCAAGAACUUGGAAGUGUUGAGACGCCGUGCGCUAGGAGACUUCUGCAGCCCCUCCCGUGAACUGCAGGGACCACCCCGUGUGUCUCCCUCCUGCAUGGCCAUGCCCAGGACCUGCCCUCUCUUCCCCUCUACUAGGAAGGAACCGCCCUGAACCCACGGUGAGGACACCCAGCAGGGCCUCCCACUGGGGUCUCAAGCCAGAGCCGAAGCCGGUGCUCCUCCUGUGGGGGUGUGGGUAUUAAGCGGGCGGUCCAGCUGAGGAUGGAAUCGGACGUCAGCAGGUGCUGAUGGAACAGACGAGGAGAGGAGGUGGCAGGGAGCUUCUUAAGCACGCGGCUGGUCAGCUGAGGUCAGGGUGGGGCCUGACCUUGGCCUUCUGCUCCUUGUCCAGUGUUCUUUCAUUUCACUGCCGCUGCCUCCUUGCACGGAGGUGUGACUGCGGAGCCAUUGUUGUCCAGGUCCGCCCUUGGGCACCUCUUCCAUGUCUCCCACAUCCCCGUGCACCUCCCACAAUGGGAUCAGCCGGUGUGGGACAGCCUGUGGUUGUUGCCCGAGCCGUGCAGGGUAGGAGUGACCAGGACUGUAGCCGAGAGUGACAGGCUGAUUGAUUGGUGGCAUUACUGUGAAGCCGAGACUGCGCCCCCCUCCGGUGGUGGCUCCCGUGCAGUGACACCAGAGCCCUCAGCUUGCUGCGAUCCGCAGGGGAGGGCACAGAGGGUCUGUGUCUGUCCUGCCAGCCUGGCAGUCGCUGGGAUGAAAGAGUUCCGUGAAGCAAUAAACACAAAAGUCUGGGAGAAACUCUCCGGAGUUUUGUGUACGACUCUGUUUUCUUUUGUUCAAAGCGCUGCAGAUCAGCUGACCCUGACCUGCUGUUUGUUCUGACUCCCAAACGCCAUGUCCCCAGGCAGUGUUGUCCCUCUGCCCGGCUCCCCACCCUCCGCCGGCUUCCUCACACCCCUUGUUGAGCUGAGCGUCCGUCUGUCCAUCCGUCGCCUGUGCCGCCUUCUGUCUUGGUCCCACCCCUGCCCCACGUGCACCUGGAGGACCUCCUACCCUGCUCCUCCCCAACACACAUCGCCCCACCAUUCCAGUUUGCUCUUUUCAGUGGGAAAAGGUUUUCCCAGGGCCUCCAUCCCUCCCCACAUUCCCACACACCCACUGGCUGGCCUGAUUUCUUUCUGUUGGUGACACAGUUAACUCUCCGCGGGCAGACCUCGACUUAACCCUUCUCAUAGCGCGUUCUUUCCUUUGGGCACGAUAUUUCGCAUUAACCCACUUCGUCAGCGACAGGUGCGUGUCUGAGGGCGCUGGGGCCUUCGGUGGGGAGGACUCGUGGCCACAGAGGACCAUCUAAUACCUGGACUUAUGAACUGACUGCAUGAGCAACGAAAAGGCCAAAUUAUUCAGAGUUUUUUUCCGAAUCACUGUAAAAACUGAUUUCUUUUGUAUAGAGAACACUAAACGUAUAAUCAAAGUUGUUCAAAGUGGA